UUCGUGUCACCAGGCGACCGCGAAAUUCCGCCGCUUAAAUUCGAGCGCCACGAGUGGCACUUCGAAGGCGCUGCGCAAACAGACGCUGCCGGGAUCCACCGCGAUGAGGUCUGACACUGCUGGGCUGCAUCGCGAUGACGUCUGACCAGGCCCGGCGUCAUGCCCAAAACUGGCCCCAUCCGAGAUCCUGGAACAUGUAUGAAUAUGUUUGGAAUCGUAGAACGAGGCAUAAGAAAUAGCGAAGCGAGGAGCUAGGCGCGGGAUCUAAUCAGCGUGAGACACCGCCCCCCCACCCUUCUACACACAGCCGCCGACGCCCUUCGAGGCGGGGCCCCGCCCGCGGAACCUGGCGAGCCCACGGAGGCCCCCGUCUCGAAGCCGCCGGGGCGGGGCGGGAGGGGGGACACCACGGCACGAGCGGCGAGCGAGGGCGAGCACUGCGAGCUCGAGCCCGAAGGGGCCGCGCCAAAGGCGCCCCCUCGCCUCCAGCGUCUGUGGCCGGGCGUGCCCUGCUGGGGGAGCCGGGGGGGCGGCACGGGCAGGAUUCCUCGCCCGCGCGGACUUCUGGGAUCGGCGCUGGACCCCCCGCCCCGGCGCCCGGGGCGCGCCAGGGGGCGGCGCUGGAGGCGCCGCCACGGGGGCUCGACACCGAGCCGAAGCAUCUGCACGGACCCCCAACACAUGUCGCCCUGCAGUGCUGCGUUCCACGGUCAGGGACGAAGGCGUGCCUCCGAUGGGACAGCGCCUGCCUGCGCAGGUUCCAUGUUAUGCAUCCGCCGCGCCUGCGGCCUUUGCGGCCGCCGCGUCGGCUGAGCCCCUGAACGUCGGGGCCUCCCAAGACGGCAAGCUGGCGGCCAUCUUGCGCGCGUCCGUGAGGUCCGUCUGGAGGCGUUGCAUGAGGCGGUCCGUCGGGAUCUGGCUCUCCUCGCUGGCGAAGGGCUGCGAGAUGCAGAUGCAGACCUCCAGGAGGACCUGGUAGAGGAAGGGACCCACCACGCAGAUGAAGAAGCUGAUGAUCAGGUUCUCCACGUCGGAGACCAGGUCUGUCUCGCCAGAGUCUGCCAGGUAGAUGCCAGAGGCACCAUGGUACUGAAGCGUGGUGCCGAUGCAGGAUCCCAGCACGAUGCCAAAGCUUAUCGCGUUCACGAUGUUGUUCACGUGAACGAGAGAGGCCAGCAGGUGCACAUAGAUGAAAGGAGCCUGCACCAAGACAGACUGCCGAACGGACCUGAUGGCGUUCUGCGCCUUCUCCACGCAGACCAUGACAUGAGACCGUAGGUCGGCGAUUGCAUGGGCGGAAUCCACCCGUCCAUCGCCAUGCGGCCGAUGUAGGAGGCGACCCAGACCCACAUCAUGCUGGCGGGGUCGGCCAUUCUCCUCACGACCGAUAUUUCCCUGUCCUCGAGGACGUUGAACCUGUGUGCCGUACAGAGGGGGUCCGACUCCGUGUCAGACGCGGACUCUGGGUCGAUCCGCAGGCUGUCGAACAUCUCCUCCGACGCGUGCUCUUUCUCUUGCUCGCACGAAAGCGCUUCUAUCUGCAGGGUCAUGCCGAGAAGCCAUCCGGAGACCGUCGCGUAGCGCAAGACCUUCUCCCUCUGCUCCACAGGGACGCCCAAGGCAAGAAGCUGUACCUGUAGGCACCUGAUCGAAUCGUAGAGCUCCAAGAAACCUUGUGUGCACUCGAACCAGCGGUUCACGGAGGUGGAGAGGAAGAAACCCAGGAGCAGACCCACGAAUAUUCUCAAGAACACAGCUAUCUUCUGGAAUUUGCUGGUCCUCAACUUCGCCGGAUUCGGCAAAAGGAUCAGCAACACAAGGGCGCAGACGAUGCUGAGCAGCAGUAGCCUGCCCAUCGUCUUCCACACGGUGGGACUGUUAAAGGCCGUCCUCACGCCCUGCAGCUGGAACAAGCUCGUCCACGAGGUGAGGACGUCCGCCUUGUACGUCAUGCUGUCCACCACGGGCCCCCGCCACAUCUUGCUAUGCGCGCCCAGAAUGCCCCCCGCGGGUCGCUCUUGGACACGCUCCGCUCGCUCGCCGCAGAGCCCGCCGCGGCCCUGGGGUCGGUCGCCGAGUCGGCGCAGCACCUUUUUAACCCGGGGGCUCCGCAGCAGGACCGCGGACUGAGCCCGGCGCGCCGCGGCGCUCGCGCCGCCAGCCGACGGCCCAGCCGCGUCCGCGGCCGGGUUGACGGGGGCAGAGCCGGCCCGGAGGGGGACGCUCGCCUCCGCGGCCUGCGGCCCUCCUUCUGCGCGCCCGCCUCCCGCGCCGCUUCCCCGUCGACGGGCUGCGCCGCGCCAUAGCCGCGCGCGGGCGCCGCGGGGAGGAGGGGCUCGUGCCCCGCGUCGCCGCCCAAGGUCAUGCAGCGGGCACGCCACUGCGCAUCUAGAGCGCGGCGGCCGCGGGUGUCCCUGCACUACAUUGACGUGGCCAGCGGCGCCCGCCUGAGCCAGCGAGGCCU